AAAACAAAAGAAAAACUGUCGUUCCUUCGUCCAUUUUGCUCUCUGGAUUUUCUCUUUCUUUGAUCAUUCAUUUCAGACUUUCAGUUCCUUCAAAACCCUAGUUCUUAUCCUUUUUUAAAUGAUCUUGUGAUAAUUUUUUAUUUGUUUAAUUUCAAAUAAGGAAAUCCAAUCUGCAUUUUCACUUUAUUUCCAUUCUAGACAAUUUUUUUUAUCUGUUUGCUCAAAUGGGUAUCUAUUAUUAGGCAUAAAAAAAGUUUUUGUUUUUGUUUUUUAAUUUUAUCUGUAAAGCUAUUAACUUUCUUGCUCUUUCUAAAUACAAGAGAAUAAAUUCACAAAAGCAAAUUCCCAUUUUCAUUUGAUCAUUUGGGUAUUUUUUGCUUUUAUUAUUCUCUGGGGGGUUAGGGGUUUUGAUUCCAUGGCUGCAGUGGCUGAUAAUUCAGGCGAGGCAGCAGUAGCUAAUGGAAACAACAAUUUGGUUGUUGAAACAUCCAAAUCAGAAUCAAAGGAAUUCAAUGUGCAAAAGCUUGUUGAUAUGUUCACAAAGUUGAAUCCUUUAGCCAAAGAAUUUUUCCCAUCAUCUUAUCAUCAUAAUCCCACCAAAACUGGUGAUUUUAAUCAGGCUCCUGUUAAUAAGCAAGGCAAUGAGAAUUUCCCUAAUGGAAGGAGAAGAAAUAACUACAACCAGGGUAGAAGAAAGCUUAAUGGGAAAGCUUUUCGUGCUCAAAGAGAUGAUAGCAUUAAGCGAACUGUAUAUGUUUCGGAUAUUGAUCAGACUAUCACUGAAGAACAACUUGCUGGCUUAUUUAGUAACUGUGGACAAGUUGUUGAUUGCCGAGUUUGUGGUGAUCCACAUUCAGUUCUUCGCUUUGCAUUUGUGGAAUUUGCAGAUGAAGAAGGUGCAAGAACUGCUUUGAACCUUGGUGGGACAAUGCUCGGGUUUUAUCCAGUUAGGGUCUUGCCUUCAAAAACUGCUAUCCUUCCUGUGAACCCUACAUUUCUCCCUCGGUCCGAAGAUGAAAGGGAAAUGUGUACCAGAACGGUUUAUUGUACAAAUAUUGACAAGAAGGUUUCUCAAGCUGAAGUGAAGAAUUUCUUUGAAUCCGCUUGUGGUGAGGUCACUCGCUUGAGGCUUCUAGGGGAUAAUGUGCAUUCGACCCGCAUUGCUUUUGUUGAAUUUGCCAUGGCGGAAAGCGCCAUUGUUGCACUGAAUUGUAGUGGGAUGGUACUAGGAACCCAGCCAAUCAGGGUAAGUCCUUCAAAGACACCAGUGAGGCCACGAGUUACCCGACCAACAUCGCGUUAACUGAUUGGUUGAGCCUUCUAAGAUCCAUGGAUGGAAUUGGGUGACUUCCCAAUGGAGAGAGAAACUUUGUUGAAGGGAUGGUAAAGAACUUUCCUUCGUUUUGUUGUUUCCAUCUUUUGUGUCGCAAUCGUUGCGUUUAGUUUUUUUCCUUUUUUCUUUUUGCCUUUGAUCGAAGAUAUCGUAACAGUGCUUCGGAUUGAAGCUUGACCUUUGAGAAAUUUUUACCUUAUUCCAUCCUUUGUUUCGACAAUAACAUCUUGGAGUUUUGCUGCUAGGCUGCUAGCUAAUGUCCAUAUAUAUUGAUGGUUAUAA